ACUGCGGACACAGUACAGGAGAUGACCAGAGACUGCGGACACAGUACAAGAGAUGGACCAGAGACUGUGGGCACAGCACAGGAGAUGACCAGAGACUGCAGACAUAGUACAGGAGAUGAUGACCAGAGACUGCGGACACAGUACAGGGGAUGACCAGAGACUGCGGACACAGUACAGGGGAUGACCAGGGACUGAGGACAGUACAGGAGAUGACCAGAGACUGCGGACAGUACAGGAGAUGACCAGAGACUGCGAACAACAGUACAGGAGAUGACCAGAGACUGCAGACAGUACAG